UGAGAGAAAGCGAUGACGUGAGCCUCUGCUUGAAGAAUGGAAAGUGAUAAGGAAAAACAGGUGUCUGGAAAGAGGUUCUAUUGGAGAAAGGAGAAUUGAGUACCAUUAUUCAGAAGGUCAGUUCUCUGCAGGUAGCAGCCUGGAAACCUGAAUUCGUGCAACCUAUUUGCAUUCUGUCUGCAGGCAAGGGUGGCACAUUUACUUGAAACGGACCGAAUUUCUUGCCCGAUGCUGGCCGAGUAGACCCUGGGACGCGUGGAUAUUGCUUUUUCGUGUCUUCAUUGCCGGGUUUUUUGGUUUGUUUGUUUUUGGUUUUUGGUUUUGAGGCUAAAGGGGAAGAGCUGGGUCGAAAUUCUGGCCGGAUAAGUGGGGGAUUCUCGGCCAUGAGAAAAGCAGAAGGAAGAGGAUUCAGAAGCCGGAGAGGAAAGCAGUAGCCCCCUGCCCCCUUAUCCUUCCACCUCCCUUAACCUCAGCCAGUGACCGUCGGUGGAGACCCCAGGCGGCUGCCUCAAUGUUUGACUGCCCGUUCGCCUGCGCUUUGCCAGCACUCGCCGGAGGGGCACACCAGGCAUCUCCUGCGCUGCGCUGAAGCCGGCACCCAGACUCGCAGGGGGCUUUGGAAGGACCCGCUCUGCCCUCGCCUCCUUCUCAGGCUGCUCAGCUCCGAGGCCCGGGCGCGGCACCCACCAUGAGCGGCUGCCGGCGGCUCGCGCUCCUCUGCGCGCUGUCCUGGCUCCUGAGAGCCGCGGCUUCUGGGAGCCGGGUACAAACCCCAGCGCAGCCUCCCGCGCCCCGCCGCGCCCCGGGGGAUACCGCCAGGGGCGCCGAUUUCGAUCACGUCUACAGUGGGGUGGUGAGUCUCAGCACCGAGAACAUCUAUUCCUUCAACUACACCAGCCAUCCUGGCCAGGUCAGCGCUGUGCGGGUGUACGUGAACAGUUCCUCUGAGAACCUCGAGUACCCAGUCCUCGUCGUGGUUCGCCAGCAGAAAGCAGUGCUGUCUUGGCAGGUUCCUCUGCUCUUCCAAGGACUAUACCAGAGGAGCUACAAUUACCAGGAAGUGAGCCGCACUUUAUGUCCCUCAGAAGCAACCAAUGAAACAGGACCUUUGCAGCAACUGAUAUUUGUUGAUGUAGCAUCCAUGGCACCACUGGGUGCCCAGUACAAGCUGCUGGUUACCAAGAUCAAGCACUUCCAGCUCCAGACAAAUGCUGCCUUUCACUUCACAGCCAGCCCCUCUCAACCUCAGUAUUUUCUAUACAAAUUUCCCAAAGAUGUAGACUCAGUUAUUAUUAAAGUGGCAUCUGAAAUGGCUUAUCCAUGUUCUGUUGUCUCAGUCCAGAAUAUCAUGUGCCCAGUGUAUGAUCUUGACCACAAUGUGGAAUUUAAUGGUGUCUACCAGUCCAUGACCAAGAAAGCUGCCAUCACAGUUGUUAUGUCUACGCAGAAGAAGGAUUUCCCUGGUGAGCAGUUCUUUGUGGUGUUUGUGAUAAAACCUGAAGAUUAUGCCUGUGGAGGAUCUUUCUUCAUCCAGGAAAAGGAGAAUCAGACAUGGAAUCUACAACGAACAAAGAACCUUAAAGUGACCAUUGUUCCUUCGAUUACAGAAUCCAUUUAUGUGAAAUCCAUUCUUUUCAGUCUCUUCAUCUUCUUCUCCUUCUACUUGGGAUACCUGCUUGUUGCAUGUGUUCAUUAUGUCAGGUUUCAGAGAAAAUCCACCGAUGGAAGCUUUGGUUCCAAUGAUGGCUCUGGAAAUAUGACGGUGUCACAUCCCAUUGCAGCCAGCACACCAGAAGGGAGCAAUUAUGGGGCAAUAGAUGAGUCAGGCUCCAGUCCUGGCAGGCAGAUGUCUUCCUCAGACGGCGGGCAGCCAUGCCAGUCAGAUACCGACAGCUCGGUGGAGGAGAGCGAUUUUGACACCAUGCCAGAUAUUGAGAGUGAUAAAAACAUCAUCCGAACUAAGAUGUUCCUCUACCUAUCAGACCUGUCCAGAAAAGACCGAAGAAUUGUCAGCAAAAAAUACAAGAUUUAUUUUUGGAACAUCAUCACCAUCGCUGUGUUUUAUGCACUGCCUGUGAUCCAGCUGGUCAUCACCUACCAGACCGUGGUAAAUGUCACUGGAAACCAGGACAUCUGCUACUACAACUUUCUCUGUGCUCGCCCCUUGGGUGUCCUGAGUGCCUUCAACAACAUUCUUAGUAACGUGGGACACGUGCUUCUAGGCUUCCUCUUCCUGCUGAUAGUUUUGCGGCGGGACAUCCUCCAUCGAAGGGCCCUGGAAGCCAAAGACAUCUUUGCUAUGGAGUACGGGAUUCCCAAACACUUUGGUCUCUUCUAUGCUAUGGGCAUUGCGUUGAUGAUGGAAGGCGUGCUCAGUGCUUGUUACCACGUCUGCCCUAAUUACUCCAACUUCCAAUUUGACACCUCCUUCAUGUACAUGAUUGCUGGCCUCUGCAUGCUGAAGCUCUACCAGACGCGCCACCCAGACAUCAACGCCAGCGCCUACUCCGCCUACGCCUCCUUCGCUGUGGUCAUCACGCUCACCGUCCUCGGAGUGGUGUUUGGAAAAAAUGACUUGUGGUUCUGGGUCAUCUUCUCUGCAGUCCAUAUUCUAGCUUCUCUGGCCCUCAGUACUCAAAUCUACUACAUGGGUCGUUUCAAGAUAGAUGUAUCUGACACAGAUUUUGGAAUUUUCCGGCGGGCCGCUAUGGUGUUCUACACGGACUGUGUGCAGCAGUGCAGCCGGCCUCUGUAUAUGGAUAGAAUGGUGUUGCUUAUCGUUGGGAAUCUGGUUAACUGGUCCUUCGCCCUCUUUGGACUGAUGUGCCGACCCAGGGACUUUGCUUCCUACAUGCUGGGCAUCUUCAUCUGUAACCUGCUGCUGUACUUGGCCUUCUACAUCAUCAUGAAGCUCCGCAGCUCAGAGAAGGUCCUCCCAGUCCCACUCUUCUGCAUCAUUGCCACCGCUGUGGUGUGGUCUGCUGCUCUGUAUUUUUUCUUCCAGAAUCUCAGCAGCUGGGAGGGAACCCCAGCUGAAUCCCGGGAGAAAAACCGAGAGUGUAUCCUGCUGGAUUUCUUUGACGACCAUGACAUUUGGCACUUCCUUUCUGCUACUGCCCUGUUUUUCUCAUUCUUGGUUUUGUUAACUCUGGAUGAUGACCUGGAUGUCGUUCGGAGAGACCAGAUCCCUGUCUUCUGAGCCUCCAGCUCAGAAGUGGAGAGGGUGCAAUCCAUCUUGGUGCUGUUACAUGAAAAAUUCCAUGACUGCAGCAAAGUAAACACUGCCACAUGCUCCACUCACCCUCUGUAGAGCUGAAUCUGUUUGCAUUCACACAGGAAGAAGAGGAGCUGGGGUGGGAUGGGGGGAUUCAAACCAGCAAGAAAGCAGGCAGAAGGAAAGCCAUGGCAUGGCCGGAGGCAAACCCUGAAGAGCCGUGAAACCCCAGUCCCUUCUGUUUGCAACUCUGAGUCAGGCAUGGACAAAAGUUGCAUCGAAGUCAACUCACUAUCUUGGGACCCCUCCCGCCCUCACCUCAGAUUUGCCAGGUCUGGCAGAACCCUGCUGCUCUCUUUCCUACAGCUGCCUCCACGCCCCAAAAGGCCAGCAUCUCAGAUUUCCACUGAGAAACCUUGACUUGGCCGCUUUGCACACCUGCUACUCCAGACAUCCCAAAGCAGAAGCUCAUUUCUGCAAGGGCCAGGGAGGGCGUGAUUCCUCAGCGUGUAGAGAAGUGGCCCCACAGCCCCACCCAACUGCAAUAGAUGCUCUGGCAUCACCAGCUAGUCGCCUCCUCAGAAGGAAAACUGUAUGUUUCACCCACUCUACUGACCCCAUUAGAAGGACUCAGGAUUGGGCUUUGUCACCCAUACCUCUUACCAGGUAACUGUCAUUGGGACCAAAGGCUUGGGUGCUUACCUAGUCUUUUGUCUCUUCCUCUCUCUGCUGUGUGUUGACCCCAUAACUUAGGCUCUACCUUCUUGGGAAGGCCCUGUUACUCCACAGACUUCUGGUUAGCUCCAAGAUGGAAGGGAAAAUGGCAAAUAAAUAAAUAAAACUUUCUGGAAGAUUAAGAGACAUGACCACCAGUGCCAAGAGAUUGGUAAAAAGCAUGAAGCAAACAGGCCUCACCUUAAGAACCUGGGAUUCUUGGACAAAUGCAGCAAAGGAAAAAGUGCUUACUCAGCCUUCCAUUUCAUACAGCUCAAUUCUGUGCCCACAUCACUUUCAGGGACGAAGUACGUGUUCUCACCAGGAGCAACAAUGGCUCUAGACCCCCUAGGACUGUGCCCCUCAUCUGCCACUUGAUGCAGAUCAGGGGGUCCAGACUUUUGUCCCUGAAAUUCACAAGUAACUCUCAAGGUGAACACAUGCUACUUUCCUUUCUAGUUGCAAAGAGUGCACCUGCUUUAGUAAUAUCUCUUGGUUGCACCUAAUACUCCUUCUCUCCCUUGUAAGGUGUUGAAAAGCUCAGCAUCCCAGUUUCAUUCUCACACUGUCUGGCAGCAACUGCCUUUAAGAAAUCCCAUUUUUACCAAACCCAUGUUCCUUGGAGUAUGAUGCAAUCAUAAAACAUGCACACAUAUUUACAUACACAUACACAUUUUCUUGUGAAACUGAAGUUACCUCUCACCUCCACAUUCCUAUAAUUCACCAAAGAGAUGGAUCGGGCAUUCUUUUUAAAAAUAAUUAGUAUUCUUUCUCUAAAAUAUUUCCCUAAUGUUCAAAAAUAUAUUUUGGCAGGCAAGCUUUUCCUGAUUUUCAAAACACAAAGAUUUUUUUUCAAUGAACUAUUUUGCAAUAUUGUUUUUCUAAAAUGCCCCCAAAUUUGUAAUUGGUCUUAUCUUAUUCCUUAAAAGUUGUUGACUACCACUGAGUCAUAUGGAGGCCAACCAUUACAUGUUUGGGUUAAUCUAACAUCUAAAAAAACAUAUUUCGAGCCUGUUUAACUAUGGCUGGUUUGACCUCAUGCUUUGGAUUUUAAUGCACUAGUGGUUCCAAGUCCAAAAAAGACACACUAAGCAAACAUAAACAACAAAGUUCAUCCAACUAGUCCAAUGGCCUGAAGUAGAUACCUUGCAAGAUGAAUGACCUGUUUGGUAACUUAUUUGGGAAAUCAGCCAAUGAAUGGCGAUGGGGCUGUAGAUAUGGAUGGGUUGUGCUGCUGUACCCUUAACCAUUUUCCAAUGUCUGUCUGUCUUGUGUUAUAAACACAUUGCGGUCAGUUUUGUUCUCUGCAGCACAACUAAAAGCCUCGACCAAG